AGUGUCAAUUAUCUAUAAGCCCAUAUUAGAGGCUACAAUUUUAAUAGAGUUCUACUUGGACCUUCGAGAUACCUAUCCUGAUACAUAGGAGGUAACACCUUAUCACGUACUGUCGUCACAUCUUGAUGUCUUUCUAGCCUAUCAACUACAUGUAUUCUCGCGCUUCGAAAUGGUGUGGCCGCCGAAAAUAUACCCGUUAGUUGUACUACCCAUAUCGUAAGAUUAUAGUCGGUCCUCUCACAAUUCCUGCCGACUCCCUAAAGUUGGGACUGUUUACCUACAUAUGUAUUGAGGCGCAGUCAAUUCUAGAUGCCGUCCACUCCGCACAAACUACAAGAUGGGUUGCGAAAGUAGUCCUUAUAUUCUGAAACCGCAGAACCCAAUAGUAACCUACCUUUUGGAUAUAUCGAAAAGUCAUCCAGUAACACGACAGUUACGAAAUUUCGCCUCGAUGAAGCUGAAGAAACAAUCUAUUUCUGUAUAUUGUCAACUGUCAGCGAAUUCAUGUGACCGACAGGGGAUAAGUACGGGGGCUUAUGCAGCAAUCCUAGCAAUAAUCAAAUAAAACUCCAUUCGAAAACACCGAAGCUCUUCAAGGUUGUACAUUUUCAAAUGCAAACCCCUGCGAAGGGAGCAAUAGGAAACAAAGUCUCUUUAGACCUUUUACCAUGGCCGCGAGCUCUUAUCGGCCAUGAAGUUGAUUAAUUGCCUCACAUUGGAGGUCGAGGAAUUCGUUCAAGAUGUGCCGCCUUACGCGAUCCUGUCCCACACAUGGACAAAACACGAAGUGACGUAUCGCGAUAUGAACAAUCGGAAGGUCGCAUCGCGCAAGGAAGGAUAUCCCAAAAUUGUGGACACCUGUCGGGUGGCUUCGGAAUACGGCCUCGAAUAUGUUUGGAUAGAUACGUGCUGCAUUGAUAAGUCGAGCAGUGCGGAGUUAUCUGAAGCUAUCAACUCCAUGUUUGCGUGGUAUAAGGAGUCCAAAAUUUGUAUCGUUUUCCUUACCGAUUUCACUUGCUUUUCGGAAGAGACGUUGGUGGAAAUCAUUGCUUCUUUCGACGCGCGGCAAGCUUUGGAAGACCAAGAGGACAAGUUCUACAAAGAUCCCCCACCUCUAACAACUGAUGAUAUCAACUUGCGCGACAAGGUUCGAAAAGAACUUGGGAGCUGCAAAUGGUUCUCUCGUGGAUGGACAUUGCAAGAGCUGAUAGCGCCGUACCAUAUCCAAUUUUAUGAUAAAGAUUGGAACUGCUUUGGAUCAAAGCUUCAGCUAGCAUCCGUCUUAUCAUGGAUUACGGGGGUCGAUACGAGGGUCUUGUCAGGGAAGCCACUAGAAUCAGUUCUAGUCGGCCGGCGCAUGUCUUGGGCAUCGAAUCGCACGACGACAAGAGUUGAAGACAUGGCAUAUUGCCUCCUCGGUAUCUUUGAUAUCAAUAUGCCGUUAUUGUAUGGUGAAGGCAAGAAAGCCUUCAUACGUCUCCAAGAGGAAAUUAUCAAGUCUACCCACGACCUCUCGAUUUUCGCCUGGAAGUCUGACAUUGAAGAUCGCCGUCUCUUUCGCGGUCUGAUGGCGAGUUCCCCGUCCGAGUUCAAGGGAUGCCAUAGACUCACAAUGCCGGCAUUUAUAUGGAAUGAUGGCGGCGAGUACGGCAUUACUAGUAAAGGCCUUCGGACGGAGGGGCUUAUUAGAAUUGGCCGAGGAGAACCUGGGGUCGGCAGCUAUUAUCUACCAUUGCAUUGCGUCGACGAGCGGCAGAAGAAACAUAUCUUAGCUGUGAAGUUACGACAAUACGGACCGGGCCUUUUCGCUCGAUUGCAACCCUGGCCAAGAGUGACAGUUGUUGAUCUAAACGUGUACUCGGCAGCGAGGAUUGUCCAACCACAGUAUAUACAGUUGAAGGAUAGUCCAUGGUUGGAUGUGAUCGUGUUGUCCAGUCGUACCAAUGCGAUUCAGAUUGAUGUCCCCGCCCACAUCUUCGAUGUCAAUAGCGUCACGGCCUACCCACAAGCUGACUGGGACCUUAGGAAUUCUAUCCUGCUUAGUUUCCAUCGCCCAUACUUUUGGGGAAUGUGGAAGGCAAAGCUUAAAGAUAAGGACGAUGGUAUUGCCAUUGUCUGCGUCCGAUCAUCGGGGUGGCUUCUUUACGGAAUCUUCGCUUUGAAUAAGUUUCCCCCUGGCCUCGAUCGUCACAAUAUCUUCCCAUCGCAAGUCGAAGAAAUCCUACAAAGAAUCCCAGAUCGAGCGGUGACUAGAUGUUCGACCUAUAUUCAUACCAUCAAGGAUUCCCAAAUUAAUUUAGGCGAGGAUGCUCGUGAGAUCCCAGCGACACUGCUUCAAGUGAGUUGUAGUAAACUAACACAGUUGAGGAACAGUCGUUCUGGGAUUACACGCGUACAAAAUCUUUUUAAAAAGGUUGAUUUGAACGGCAAUUCUUCCCAAUGAAUAUAUUAAAUCGGUCUGGCGAAAAUGUUGGAUUAUUUCCGUCCUGCAUGGUAGGGCGUAUUGGGUACACUGUAAUGUCUAUUGGGGUACAUUUGUAUAUUGGUGUAAGAUGGAAAAGUUGGUCGUGAUUGUUGCGGCAGGAUAUGAUUCAAAAUUUAUGGUCUAACAUUGGAGCUUAUUUAUGUAUAUUUAUAUCUAUGGAUCCAUGUAUUAUUCAUUCUGUAUAAAGAAUGGUACAAUUUCUAAGUUUAAGUUCAGGACGUUCCUAACGUAAAAUCUUAACGGAAGCAGGACAAACACUCAAACAUGUAACUGCCCAGGUACUUAUUUUACGCCUGGGCAGAUAGGGCAGGCACUAAUGCGAC